AUGGCUACAUCAACGUCUAUAGCCAUUGCCGUGCUGCCUGUGAUCUGCCUCCUGGUGGCGCAAGCUAAUGGUCUGCAGGGGUACUACGGUACUAAAAUCGGCGAUUUGACCGAGCUGCACCACGGUGUGUCCGGGUCGGUGUACGCCGUUGACGCACGAACACUCUUCCUGAAGAACUUCAAUUACGACGGCGAAGGUCCGGCGGCCUACUUCUAUGUCGGGAAUACGCGAGCACCGAGCAACAAGGGCGCCCAUCGGCUGCGGGAUGAGCGGGGCCGUGCCGGGGUGCUGCGAAGGUACCGGAACGAGGACAUCACGCUGUCGCUGCCGGAGGGCAAAACGCUGCGCGACCUCCGCUGGUUCUCGAUAUGGUGCGACGACUUCUCGGUGAACUUUGGCGAUGUGCAGAUCCGGAACGAUCUGGACUUUCCGCGCCCGACCAAGAUUGCCGGUCUGAGCGGAGUGCAUGACGUUAGUUCGGACAAUAUCGUUAUCGUUGACGCGCAGACGCUCCUGGUACCGAACUUCAGCUACGACGGAGAGGCACCCGAUGCCAAAUUUUGGGUUGGCCGUGGAGCCGCACCGACAUCGCAGGGUAUUCGCAUCCCGGACGAAAACGGCAAGGAGACCCCGUUGCGGCGCUACGACAAGAAGACGAUCGUGCUGACGCUCCCGGGCGAUCUGACCGUGUUUGACAUCGGCCACUUUGGCGUGUGGUGUGAGGCGUUCACCGUCGACUUUGGGCACGUGCGCAUCCCGGACCAGAUCAACGUGCCGCCGUCGCUGAAGAUGCUCGGCAUCAGUCCGCAGUCUAAGCUGAACUGCGAAGUCCUUCUCGAUGAUCUGGCCUUCGAAGUUCGCUGGGCUGUUGCAGGAGAGAGUGUGGUCGUGCAGCUGGUCGCCAAGCUUGAUGAUGGUGAGUAUAUGUCGUUUGGUGUUUCACCAAACCCGCAGCAAAGCCAAAUGAUCGGUGCGGACGUCGCUGUCGUGUGGGUGGAUAAGGCCACCGGGAAAGGGUACGCCCAGGACUACUACUUGGACGCCAAAUCGCAGUGCUCUGGCGGACGGGGUAGUUGCCCUGAUACGCGCAUCACCGAGAGUAGCAACUCCAUUCGGCUACUAAACGCGGCCAUGGUGAAUGGAUACUCGAUCGUGACCUACCAGCGUCCGCUGCGCGCCUCCGAUCAUCUCGAUCUGCCGAUCUUUACCAAUGCCUCGCAAGCCAUUAUCUGGGCGGUCGGUCCAUUGAACCAGCGGUACGAGGUAUCGUACCACUCGCACUACCUGAAGGGCACCAAGAUGGUUGACUUUGGUCGUCAGCCGUACUGGAACUGCCCGACACCUGAGUCGGAUCAGAACCGCGGUACACCGGAACCGGCCUAUGGAGGUCCGCAGGCCCCACAGAAGUUGGCAUCCUCGUCGAACUACGGUGGUGGCAAUAGGCGUGAGGAUGCGGCGAACAGUGUGCAGCAGCAGCAGCAGAGACCACAGGCCCCGGCCACGGCACGUCCUCCGGCAAAGGCUGGUGCAUGGGACAUCCCACCGAUACAGUGCUACGAACCGGAGGAUGGUGUGUUCUACGCUCAGCUCGGUCCGACCGGUGGCAAGCAGGGAUACCCAGCUAUCACGGGACACGUUGGGUGGGGCAUUUCUUGGUACAUUAAUGGGCUGCUCAUUCCGGAAAUCAACGUGGUACGAGGAAAGACAUACACUUUCGUUGUGGAAGGAGGACUUGAUCCGAACGUACCGGCUAAGUAUCAUCCGUUCUACAUUACGGAUGAUUCCGUCGGUGGAUAUGAGCAUCAAUCGGAGGAGGAUCGGAAAAACAUCCGUAUAUUUGCUGGAGUGCAUCGCAGCCGCAGUGGAAAGCUUGUUCCGACCGGUGUCGGCCGCCUCUGUAACUGGACGCCGAACCCUGACGGACCACCGGCGGACGAGUAUCCAUCUUUCGGUGCGUAUCAGCGCAGUCUCUCUCUUAAGUGCGACGCAGGCGAGCCCGGUAUUAUCACCUGGACGCCAGAUGCGGACACCCCGGAUACGGUUUACUAUCAGUGCUACACGCACCGCUACAUUGGUUGGCGCAUCAACGUGCACGACGCUUGCGACGUCGCCCAACCGAGCGAGCUAGAUGAGGUGUAUGUCGAUCCAAACGAGGGCAUUUCAGUGGAGGAAUCGAUUCGGCACGAGUCGAAAGUACUACCGGACAACUUCCUGCAGCAGCAUGAGAACUUCUUGCAGAAGCACGAACUGGAUCUGAUCAAGCACCACAAGAUGAACCCCGAUGCGCCAAAACCGGAUCAGGCGGGAUUAUUCGAUGUUAAUCUUGAGGAACAUCCCGAGAUGACACGCAUCAUCGAGGAUGGUAUUCGUGCGGCGGAAGAGUUGGAAGAGAAACUGCGGGCAAAUCAGACCACCGGUUUUGAAGGUGGCGUUAAUCAGACCAUUGCUCAUCAGCAUGUACAUCACCAUCAUACACAUCAUCAUGGACCACCUCCACCACCGGGACAUCGAUAUCCACCGGGAGCGCCACAUCACCACGGGGGUUCAGUGAAACCGAUUCUUUCGUCUUCCGGACUUCCGGUUUAUCUUCGUCCACCGAACGGAGGACCGAUGUUCCGUCCAGUGAAGCUACCCGUGCGGCGUCCAAUCGGAAUGGAACGACGUCCAGUAGCUGGGAGUCGUCCAACGCGUCCGUUUGUUAUCCCCCAACCUUCGAUGAUCGUUAGCCAUUAUCAGAAACCGGUAGCUCCACUUAUGCGUCCUUUCGUGAACAAGAACAAGCUACCGAUGAAGGCCAUCGCACCGAUCCUCUUGCUGGGCGAACCGACCGAGAUUAAGCCACCCUACCGUAAGGGCCCAGCAGUGGAGAUGAUGGUGGCCAAGCCACCGAAGCAGGUUGGUGGAAUUGAGCAACAGCGUCCACCUAAUGGGCAGCAGUCACCAGGUGGACCACCGUUCGCCCUACCGGACAUGCCACCGCACCUAACCAUGAGUCUGAAGAAGAACGAACCUGUACCGAUUACACUUCCCAUUCGGCACACGAAACCGGUAAAGGACACUCACAAACCAAAUAUCAAACCAAUAUUCAAGACAGCGGCCUAUGAGAGUGUGCCUCACGGUGAGUCUAAGGGAGCGUACGAAGGAUUAGCGGCUAACCAUGGUUUUGAACCAAGCUCGGUCGUGGUAGAGAGCGGUUUUCGGCCGAUCUACCGCCGUAAGGAUGACUACGAUCUGGAGUUUGAGGAUAAUCGGGCACACGAGCAUGGAUUCCAGCGGCGCCAGGAUGACGACAUCGAUGAAGCGAUCGAGAGCGACGCUCUAAUGAUCCACGAUCAGGACGAACCUAUUCGGCAGACUUUCGAACCGAUGUUCAUCCCAUCCCCACUGGAUAGUAUGGCGAUGGCUCACGUGAAAACAUCCGCCUCGCCAUCCUCUGGAGCAUCGCGAGAGUCAGCGACCAAGCGUAAUGUAGAGAUCCUUCCCGAUGAAACGGCCGACGUAGUGGAGGCAGAUGAGGACUCGCUUGGAGCCGCUGCAAACGAGCGUGUCGAUCCGUACUACCUUCCACCGAUCGCCGGAUCUGAGGGUUCGGUUGUCGCUUUUGACGGCAAAGCGGUACUAGACGUGUCCCUUUUGGGAAGUGCACCGGGUGACGCCGCGGAUCCACUACCACCAGUAGGUUCUCCGGGAAGCUCGAAAACGGAGCAACUCGUCCGAGACACACCACAGUUUGGACCGUUCCGUGGUGAGAUACCACCGAUCGCGGCUUACCUCGCGCCGGACACGGUCGCCAUCUAUGGUACACGAGGAUCCAACGCCGUUCAACCACCGGUUUCUGAGUACGCUAACCCACUGCUGCCGGGUGGAAUCAAUGCACAGGCGGAUGGAGGUGCCAGUGGUGAGCAGCUUGGCUCUCUAGCAUCCGCUAAGCCCAUCUCGACGAAACUGUCCAUCGUGAAGCCAAUGGGUGCGCAAGAGUCCGCGGAAGAAUCGAGUAGUGGACGGGCGCGUAGUAAACGUUCACCGCAUCACCACCCGGACCAUCAUGGGGAUAGCCACAAUGAUGGAUGGCAACCACCGCAGACCAGUGCGGCUCGUCGUAGCUGGAGUAGUAGCCUACUGCUCUUCGUAGCUCCGGCGAUCCUACUCCGAUGA